AUGCCCACCGUUACCAUCCCGGCUAAGACAGGCGACUAUGUCAGCCUCAAGCAAGGCCAAAAACUCAAGCUAAUCAACCCACACGGCAAUCAGGUCAUAGACUUCUGGGCAUUCGUCUUUCCGAACGAGGAGACAAGUGGCAGCUCCAUACCUGCAAGCUUCGUCCGAUCUACGAAGACCAACUCGGGGUCGACAGCCUCCAAUCUUCCAUUCCCCUUCACAACGGGCGUGCAAUAUUUCUCCGCUUCCCGCACACGCUCGAUCUUGUCGAAACUGAUCCCGUCCGCUCACAGCCAGGAUGUUCUAUAUACCAACAAAUCACUCCCGCUGUUUACUCUUCUCGAGGACACCACCUCAGGAAUCCACGACACGUUGUUCGGCUGUUGCGACCGAUUCCGAUAUCACAAUCUCGGCAUCAGCGACUACGAGCACCCCAGCUGUUCGGAGAAUAUGCAUCUUGCACUCCAGAAAGCGGCUGCGGAAGGAGUGUUCUGUCCGGGUACCAUAUCCUCCGAGUGGACCCCUGAUCCCUUGAAUGUGUUCAUGAAUGUGCCGGUGACAACUCCGCUGGAUCGCGAGUCGGGCGGGGGACGGAUUGAAUGUAUCCACCCUGAAAGCAAGGCUAACGAGUACAUCAUUCUGAGAGCGGAAAUGGACUGUGUCGCGGUCAUGAGUGCUUGUCCCAACGACAUACUACCAGGUGUCAAUGGUGGGAAGUGUACGGAAGUCGUGUAUGAAGUCUUGCCGCAGUAA